GUCGCCUCACAGCGUUAUUAGCAGAGUUAGCAUGUGUUCUAAUUAGCAGUGCUAGUUAUUUUUUUUUAAUUAUUUAACCUAGUUAAUUAUAACACACCAGUCAUAAGCGAACUCUUUUUUACCUCAGAAGAUAUUGCUUUAGAUAAUUAUUAAUUCAAAUAAACAUCUGAGGAUUUACAUUUAGCUCACAUUAGCUUGCUAUUAUCUAAGCUAGCUAGCAUUACACUGAGAGGACAGGGUCCGUUAGCUAGGCGUAAAGUGUAGCUUAAAGCCCUCGGCUCUCGCCACACAGCGCCGUGUGAAAUCCAGCAUUCAGACAGAAAUUAACGGGUUCGCUUUGUUUACGCUGUCAGACGCGUCUAAUCUGUGAUGCUAACUAGAAGUGUGUGUCGCUCUCAGCCUGUUAUUUUUGCUCCGCCGGGCGCCAGCUUCGUGUUUCAUGUCUCGCGUCUUCAUUACACCAGAGUCACUUAAACACCAGCUGUCAUCUUCCAGCGUAAAUACGUCACUCAGGGCUCAAACCUGAUCGUUACGGAGUCGAGGCGGCUAAUCCGGGAACGUUUUCACGGCUUUUCUUAAGCUCUGUGUUUUCUGGCGUGAUUUAGCGAGACGCUUUAUGGCUUUCCGGAACCUCUAAGACGUAUCAAAAGGAAAAAUGUGGUCGUUUCAGUCAGAGGAGACAUAACCAGUCUUCUGGUCUUAUUUAUUUAUUUAUGCCUGGGAGCUAACAUGCUAAUCUGAGAUCGACGCUCUGUGUGAAAGGAGUAAAGAGUCAGAAGCUGCUUUCCUCAGCGUGUAUAAGAGAUUAAUCGAUGUCCCAGACCCGGUGUCUGCGUUAGAGGCGGUGCAACAGCUGCAGAUUGCGGUUAUUAAGAUGCGCGACGUGGAGGCGGAGAAUCAGAAGCUGAGAGAGAGACUGCAGGAGUACGACAGAGAGGUCGCAGAGGUCAAAGGUCAUGAAGAAAUGAUUAAAACUUUGAGGGAGAAAUUGGAGUCUUACGAACAUUUAAUUCAGUGCGGAACGAAAGACGAGGAUGAAGAAGAAGAACAACGCAACGCUAACUGUGCAGGAAAAGAAAGAACCCAUGAGGACGAAGCGAUGAUGGUGGAUGUAGAAACAGCCAAUCAGGCUCUGGAGGCGGAGCUUGUGGUGAAGCAGAGAGAGGUGGAACGUCUGAUGGAGGACGUACAGAAACUCCAGAGCAGCCUGACUGACCUCACCAACUCCACAGCCAAUCAGAUCAGAGAAUUACAGCAGCAGCUCGACUCCAAGCACACACUGCUGCAGGAGCUUGAGGAGAAGCUGGAGGCUCAGGCGGACUAUGAGGAGAUAAAAAGGGAACUGAACAUCCUGAGAUCCAUGGAGCUCGGUUCCUCAGAGCGUCCUGCAGAACAGGCUUCCCCGAGACGGCAGGACGCAUCGCUUUCCAGGCAGGAGGACAGCGGCCAGGACCGAGACAGCGUCCAAAAACAACCGAUUAACAGCAGCUUCACCGGUUCUGCGGAGAGUCGUCUUCCUGCCUCACCCUCCACCACACCUCCUCGAUCCGGCCACGCCCACUCACAGACUCCACCCCUUUCUCAAAUCCUCGUGAAGAGCAAAGCUCCACCUGAGUCGGCCCGCUCUUUUUCUUCCGAUUUGUUUAGGCAGCGCUUCAGUGCUGCUUUUCCUCCACUCUCUGGCAAAUCCUCAGCUAACUCGUUUCUCCAGCGGACGUUUGGGCAGAACCUGUACAGCUCAGACCUGCACACGGAGGAGGAAGUGGACACGGCUGAGAUCGCGCGGCAGGUGAAGGAGCAGCUGAUGAAGCACAACAUCGGGCAGCGUGUGUUCGGACACUACGUGCUCGGGUUAUCUCAGGGGUCCGUCAGCGAGAUCCUCGCUCGCCCCAAACCCUGGAACAAACUCACCGUCCGCGGGAAAGAACCAUUCCACAAGAUGAGGCACUUCCUGUCUGACGAGCAGAACAUCCUGACGCUGAGGAGCAUCCAGGGACGACAGAGAGGUAAUAUCACCAGUAGAGUCCGUGUUCCUGAAAGCAGCUCUGAUGAAUCCCAUAAGUCCGUUCUGGAUCAGACUAAAAGGGACCUGCAGGGACACAAAAUUGAAGGUGUCCACUCGUCUUUAUCAGUUUCCUCAGAUGACAACCUUCCCUCCGUCCUGAACGUCCAGCAGGUGGAGUCCGGUUCCACAAUGACCUCUGACCUUUCCAGUUUGGGCUCCAGAUUACUCGGUUCCUCCAUUUCUGUGCUGCCUUACUCACCUCUGGAGCUUAACUCUGCGAAAAACACCUCCUCCUCUCCUGUGAUGGACUCCUGGAGAGAGCAGUGGUGGAGCGCGAUACACUGCGAACAGCGCAAAGACACACACACUCAGGAAGACACAGAGCUGGGCAGCAUGGUGUCUGAGAUUCCCGUUUCCUCGCAGGAUUACUGGAAGGACCAAUCGAGCACAAGUUCAGAACAAAAUCUGCAGAUGUCCAACACGAACGAGACGCCUCACAGCAGCCCGUUGCUGCCUUCCUCUUCUUCUUCCUCUUCUUCCUCGUCGCUGCAAACAAAGCAAGCGAAAGCCACGAUGACGCCGCUAACGUCCGAGCAGUACGAAAGAUUCAUGUACCAGGAAGUGGAUACGGUGGAGCUCACGCAGCAGGUCAAAGAGAAACUCGCCAAGAACGGCGUCUGCCAAAGAGUGUUCGGGGAAAAGGUUCUGGGCCUCUCUCAGGGCAGUGUGAGUGACAUGCUCUCUCGGCCGAAGCAGUGGAGUAAACUGACUCAGAAAGGCAGAGAGCCGUUUAUACGCAUGCAGCUGUGGAUUGAAGGAGAACUGCAGGACCUCACGAGGGCAGAGACUUCGGCGAGUCUUAGCCCCGCCCCCGAGUCUCCUGAAAGCUCCUCUGAGGAGCUCGUUAAGCUCGUUAGGGACCAGCAUGAAGAGGCGGAGCCUGAGUCACAUGACACCGCAGCCGGGAUGCAGGAAGCGGUGGUCACGCCGCUGGAACUCGACACCUACUCCAUCAGCAAGAGGGUCAGAGAGGUGCUGAGCGAUAAUAACCUCGGUCAGCGUCUGUUCGGCGAGGCUGUUCUGGGUCUGACUCAAGGCUCCGUGUCUGAUCUUUUGGCUCGGCCCAAACCGUGGCACAGACUGAGUGUGAAAGGCCGCGAGCCGUAUGUGCGAAUGCAGCGAUGGCUGAACGACAAGAACAACAUCCACAAACUGAGAGAAAUCAAACACACUGAGAAAAAAGUGUAUCUGAAGCGGCGUGUGAGCUCGGUGUGUGAGGACACUGUGCUGGACAGCGGUGUGUGUGUGGGAGAGUUUGGACAGGAGUGUGUUCCUCAGCUGAAGAAGUCUCGAGUCGUCCUCAGUGCGCAGGAGAAAGAGGCUCUGAGGAAAGCGUACGAGGAGAAACCGUAUCCUUCACCAGGAGCCAUCGAGGAACUCGCGCAGCAGCUCAGACUCAAAGCCAGCACCGUCACCAACUGGUUCCACAACUACAGGUCUCGUAUUCGGCGUGGAGUCUUCAUGGAUGCGGCUGCAGUGAAAUCAGAUGGCGUCUCCGAGGGACAGACGAGUGGAACGCAGGAGUGUGCUGAGCUCUCGGACUCCACGUUUAACUUCCCAGAAUCCUCAGCUGCGCCCGGAAUCCUGAGAGACAGCAGCCUGCGCAGGCGGAAAGCCGCCAACCUGAACAGCAUCAUCCACCGCCUGGAGAAAGCGGCGAAUCGGGACGAGGCCCACGAGGGCGAGGCGUGUGAGAGUCAGGACACGAGUGCAGAGUGUGUGAACGCUUCCGCAUCAGUCAGUGUGGAUAACUAACGGGAGGCGGAGUCUCAGACAGAACACUGUCAAUCAAGCAGCACAUUAGCAUGUUAGGCCACGCCCAUCAGGGGGAGCAGUCUCAGAUCAGUGCGAUCAGCUGUUAUAUGAGUGUUUUAUCUCAUUUAUAUCUUAUUUAAAUUCUGCUGGAUGCUUAAUAGACACUGUUCUGGAAUAUUUUCCACGAUUUUCCGAUAACAAGCGUCAGCACUGUGUUCAGAUCACCUGCGUUAACACUUACAUACAUUAGAAAUAUAAGAUUAAUGAACUGAUAACAGAUGAAAAUAAAAACCAGCUCCAGCAGUGUGCGCUCAGUGGACGUGGCAGGAGGAGAAAACAAAAAGAGAUGAUUUUGUUAUUAUUUUAUGAAUUAUUAUUAAUAUUACAGGGCACUUAACGCUCCGCUACGGCCCAAAGGUGCAAAACAUAAACCCCAAAACUAUAAAAACCCUUCAGCAAUAAAGGCAGCAACUGUUACAGCUACUACAAUUUUUUUUAUUUUAUCAACCGAGAGUGAGUGAGUGAGUGUGUGUGUGUGUGUGUGUGUGUGUGUGUGUGUGUGUGUGUGUGUGGACAGAGAAUAAUAAGAGGCCUCAGACUUAAAAAGUAGCACUUGAGGAAGCAGAAGCUCUCUGCUGUCAGCUCUAUGCAGCUCUGCUUUGGAUUUUUAAAGCCAGAAAGUUAAACUUCUUUGUCUAAAAAUCUUUUUUACAUGUUUUUAUUUUAGAAUUUUUAGCCCAGUGCCCUACUCCCUAAUCUCUCCAAACACCCCACUGCAUCAUGGGUAUUCACACACCUUAUUCUCUAUAUAAGUCCCAUAAACACCAUCAUCAGCCCUCAGUGGGCGUGUCCCAAAUCAUCUCCACUACAGAGAAAGAAGUUUUUUUAGAAAUAAUUUUACGAUAUUUUAAAAAGAACUUUUAGUAAGGAGAAUAGUUUAGAACCAGGUGCCUUCGGUGGAUUUGUGAAAUGAAACACAGCCGUGAAACAGCACUGGAACCCUCAGGUCCUUCGCAUUAACGUUCACUUCAGAUACAAACCGCACUUUAUGACCUGUUUAGUCUUUGUGCGAUUUAGUAGCUACUUCAGACAAGCAGAUGAAAAAAAACAAGUUCUAGUUCACUGUUCGCAUUAUUGUUUCUCUUUCUUAAACAAUCGCGGUUGUGUGAAUGCUCCAGAGAAAAAAAAAUGGAAAUAAACUCCUGGCUUUUGUAAGCUCUAACACUGCACACGUACACGUACACGUACACGUACACGCUUGCUGAACAUCUAACACGCUAACCGGCUCCAUGAAACAGCCCUUAAUAUGGCGUCUGAAGGGGACAUGAAGGGGACAUGAAGGGGACGAGUGAAUAAGAGCGAUUCAUUUUUCAGUUCAUUUUAUUCGUGUGUGUUUGUGUGCUUGUGGCGAGUCUAACGUUGUCCUUCUCCUCUUUUUAUCUUUAAUAAUAAUCAGAAUAAUAGCAGCAGACUUUUUAUUAGUUGACGUAGUGGUAGUAAUUUAUACAGGUAUUUUAUAAAUAUUAAAGUCUUAUGGAAUUGUUUUUUAUUUAUGUUUAUAUAUAUAUAUAUAUUUGAAGGGACGAUAAACGAUCAGCUUCCGUGCUGUCAGAUGAACAAACUGCCGGCAGUUCAUCAGUAGAACAUUAUAGAACAUACUUUUAAUACGUGAUAAUUAAUUUUACACCUUUAUUGUUCUGUUAAUGAGUUUAAUGAACGUGUUACUCUGUGCACUAAUCAUACAGGCAUUAUAAUGCAUCAUAACGCAUUUAAAUUAUGACUCGUAAAGCAUUUAAACUUUCUCAUUUCUGUAAAAAAUGAUGUGAUCAUUUCGCAGUGAGACCUACAGCAGGAGUUCCCAAACUUUUUUAUCCAAACGACCCCAAAUCUGUCUCUCUGAAGACUUUACGCCGUCGUCGUGAUGGUCGUCAUGAGCUUCGUCUCCAGUCUAAAACUCCGACCUCACGUUCAAAAGUAUUUACUACAAAUCUAGAAAAUCCAGAAGGCUGGUGCACAGAGCAGAGCUUUCAUGAGAGGAUUUUAAAAUUCAAACACUAAGAGUAACCUGGUUAGUGUUAGUGCUCAGUAACGCUCUAGAACAGUGCGUAAGUGUGAGAUUUGUCUGUUUUUAUUGCUGAGCUACACUAAUGCAGCGAGUCAGGAGAGUGAAAACGACAAAAAUAACACGUAUACAUGCACACAAAAUCCAUCUUCAAUCUUUCUGAUAUCAAUUUAUAAAAUAAAGGAAUGAAACUGUGAGUGUAAAUGAAGCGACGCUCAGUUUGGGAUCUCCUGCGCUACACACUGCGCUAUCACACGUCACACACCACGUCACCCUUCGGCUGAAAUUCUGUUCUGAUUACACAUUUAACACUAUAUUCUUAUCAUUUAAACAAAACGUCUCUUACAGAUGCAGUUUAUUUUAGUUUCAUCUUUAUUUCAUCAGUUUUAUCUAACAGGAAGUUCUGCACAGUAAAUGAAAUUCUCUCAUUCGUCCCAGAAGUAGGAGUAAAAUUACUGAAACGCUCUGCAGGUUUAUCCCUCAGCAUCAGGAAUACAUUUCAUCACUUCCUGUCUCAGGUUUUGAUGUUUAAACCUUUAUUUUAGUCAACAGAUUAAUUACAAUAAGCAGGACUGGAUUCAUGUCUAAUCGUUAAUCACACCUCGCUGUAUGUCAGUCUGCUAACGCUGUACGUUUAACAGCCACGUUAUUAAUUUAUUACACUUCUUUAACUUACUGUCUGUUUUUCCUCAUUUUGAAUUUUUCUAAUUUUUUUUUUCUCCCUUUUCAUUCAAAUUAAAGUGAGUUAUUGUGUUUUA